CGCUAAACCCUUGGAGAAGAAGGAGUUGCGGCCAAUACACUAUGAUGAUUAUACGGCAGCAUCUUCCUUGUACUUGUAUUAUUUCUCCGACGCAUCCUUACUCGAUCAAAACGCCCAAUUGUCUCCCUCCGAACUUCAUCACCACCACCGACUCUGGCCUCCUCUUUAGGGAGAAACUGUUGUAUCUCUCCAACCUCAAAAUCGAUACUGAUAAGGCUCUACAACUAAACCCCUCCCUACGCUCUACUCCUCUCUCUUCCCUCCUCGCUCUCGUCGACUUCUUCUCCUCCACCACCGGCCUCCAUGGCCCUUCCCUGGGUCGCAUCCUCGACAUGUACCCGGAGCUACUCUCUCUCCCCGACCCCGCCUCCAACCUUUCUCCUAUCUUCACCUUCCUCCGCCAUGAGGUGCCUCUCCGCCGCAGCCACCUUCCCAAGGCCAUCUCCCGCUGCCCCCGCCUCCUCGUUUCCAGCGUUCAUCGCCAAUUACGCCCCACUCUCCAUUUCCUUCGCGAGUUAGGAUUCAAGGGCCCUCACUCGAUCAAUGCCCAGACAACAAUGCUGCUGGUCUCCAGUGUAGAACAAACACUCAAGCCCAAGAUCGAGUAUCUGACGAGCUUGGGGUUCAAGUACGAGGAGGUGAGAUGCAUGGUGGUUAGGUCGCCGGGGCUAUUGACAUUUAGUGUGGAGAAGAAUUUGGUGCCCAAAGUGGACUACUUCUUCAAGGAGAUGAAGGGGGAUUCGGAGGAAUUGAAGAGAUUCCCGCAGUAUUUCUCCUUCAGCCUGGAGGGGAAGAUUAAGCCAAGGCAUAAACUUUUGAUUGAGAAUGGCUUCUCCAUGCCUUUGUACAAGAUGUUGAAGGUUAGUGAUGGGGAAUUCAACGCCAGGUUGAUUGAGAUGCGACUGCAACUGUUGGAGGGGAGAUAGAUUUUUGCAACUUGACCGUGUGCGGUGUGCCCUAAUUUGACUGACAAGUUACAAGCAAAAUGCCUCAUUGCAGUUGCAUCUGUGGGUUCCCCCAUUAGAAUUGGGUAAUAUAAAGACCCGAUGAUGUUUGGUCUGGUUGCAUAGGGCCCCCUUUCAUGUAUAAAAACUAAUCGAUCUUUGCUGCCAGCGAGGAAGCUUUGAUUUGAUUUUUUUGUUUAUCUGCUCCUGCUAUUAUGUUAACAAAGAUGAGGAUUGGAGAUUCUGUUCUGAUCCUUGCGGUUUCAGGUUCUUGAAUUAGUGUUUCAUUUUCCAAAUAACAGACACUCGUGCUUGUUAUUUGU